AUGAGCCGAUGGUUACAGAUUUCUGUCGCUCAGCUCACGGAAGUUGCUCAAGGAAUGAUUGACAGUGGAAUUCUAAAUGCAUAUAUCGAAUCCCGCACAUUAUGCUAUUCACACGAUGAUUCUGGUUUCAUUUUGGCCGAAGAAAUUGAUGUUAAAAUGUUCGAGCCUUCACAUACGCGCCGAUCGUCAAGUUCAACAACAAAUUCUUUCGAAUCAAGUGAUAGCACAAGACAUCGUUUUCGACAACAAAUUAUUAAAUUAUCAAAACAAAACGAAAAAAUGACUAUGUUAAAAUGUGAAAUAUCUCAAAACAAAUAUCCAGCAAAACAUGUCGUCGCUGGACAUAUAUUUAAAAAAUCAUUUGGAAGUACAUAA